AUGGUCACGGCCUGCCGCUCCUACGAGGCAGCCAGAUGCCCCAUGUCUGACAUCCGUGCCCAGCCUACACAGGUGAGAGCCUUAACCCAGCACCAGAAGAGUAAGAAACAGAAGAAUCUCGAUAAGCAACCUCCGCAACAGUCGACAGCGAAGACAGCAGAACUGUGCCAGUGCUGUGCAAGGUACCAUGAGACAGGGGCCUGCCCUGCAGCCCAGGUCACCUGUCGUAACUGUGGUCGCCAAGGCCACUUCGCAUCCACUGUCAAGUGCCCUGCCAGCAAAGCUCAGUGCCGUCUCUGCUCCCGUAUCGGCCACUUUGAUAGUUGUUGCAAGAAGGUAUCCCGUCAGAACCACAAGCAGGGUAGUACUGAUGGUGCUCCCACCCCUUCGCAACAAAAAUCCAAGCAGCUCUCCUGCCGUCGCGUGAUAUCUCCCAGCCCGGCAGUACCUAACACGUCAGUGUUCUCGUCACCCAUGGUGGUAAGUCGUCGCACUUGCGGAUGA